AAAUAGACUGUAAUCGAAUGGUUAAAUGUUUUUAAUUUCGAGUGUGCGAAGAAAUUAUUUAAACUUAAGGAGGAUGUCCAUCCAAGCUGCUUUGAUAGAUCUUAGUGGGACGCUGCAUGUGGAAGAUGAUCCGACACCUAAUGCAGUCCAAGCACUAGUCAAAUUGCGUGACUCUGGUGUCGCGGUCAAGUUCGUUACAAAUACUACCAAAGAAUCAAAGGCUACGCUUCAUGAUCGGCUCUGCAAGAUGGGAUUUGAGGUGGACCGCUCGGAGAUCUACAGUUCACUUAGUGCCGCUGUGGCCUAUGUCGAGAGCGGCAAGCUAAAUCCCUACUACCUUUUGUCGGAGGAUGCUAGGAAGGAUUUCCCCCCGGAGGACACGGAGCGAUAUCUGAAUUCCGUUGUAGUUGGUCUGGCACCCAAGGAAUUCAACUAUGAGAAAAUGAACAAGGCUUUCAAUGUGUUACUCGAAAAAAAGGAUAACCAACUGGUGGCUGUUCAUCAAGGGAAAUAUUACAAGCGUGGAGAUGGCCUUGCUUUGGGUCCUGGAUGCUUUGUCAAGGGUCUUGAGUUUGCCACAGGCCGGUCGGCGAAGGUGAUCGGCAAGCCCAAUGCCUACUUUUUUGAGGGCGCCUUGGCUGGCCGAGAUCCCUCUUCCUGCGUCAUGAUAGGAGAUGAUGCAACUGACGACAUCGAGGGUGCAAUGAGCGUGGGAAUGCAGGGCAUCCUUGUCAAGACUGGCAAAUAUUUGCCAGGAGUAGUACCGUCGCCACCACCCACUGCUCUGGUGGAGAACUUUUCCGAGGCAGUCGAUUGGAUAAUUCAAAAAAAUACAAAAUAGGACGCUGUUGAACAGAAUGUAAUAAAAAAUGUUAUUUAAAUGUGUAUACAAAUGCAUUUAUUUUAUAAAUAAGCAAAAAAUUCGUAUGAAAUGCUGUUUGGAACAGAUCAACGACUAUCUUUAAGCAUAGUUUAUCAAAAUUGUGAGUAAAAUAAAGGCAUUGCCGAUUCCAAGUCUA